CGAUCCCCUGCCGCGUGUUCCCUCAACGGCGGGCGAGGAGCCUCGCCGUCCGUGCCGUCGCCUCCCCUCCAGCCUUCGCGGUCAAGCCCGCCCCGCUGCCCUCCAAGGUAGCGGAAUAAGCCCAGAUUCGUUGCGCUUGGUUGGAAUGCGAACUGCUUCGAUGUGCUUUGAGAUCCCAUAUUGCAGGGCACAUGGGGUUGCGAUUCCGAACUUCUUAUGGUUAAUUAAUUAGUAACAUAAUGGCUAUUUCCGUUAUCUUCGAGUCUAUACUAUACACUAGCCCUAUUCUCAUUCGCUGAAAUAUGGGGGUGGGUGGUGCAGGUCCUGAAGAAAUUGCCAUGUCCACAAAAUGAAAAUGCAAUAACUCUUUAGCUCUUAUCUUGUAGGGAAUACAUUAUACGCUUUAAUGUUAGUUUUAGGUUUGAAACGCUACCGGCAGGCAACAUGCAUCAUACAUGGUUAACCUUAGUCGGGGUUUGUGAUUGUAAUAUAUCUUCUCUUCUUCACAUUUUGGGAAAUCAUUGGAAAGAGGGUGAGUGUUGAAAUAUGAAGUGUACAAAUAUAAAGUGAACUGCCACCUUCCCCAUCAGCUUAUUGGUUUGAAUUAAUCAUGUAUGUAACUUAAUAGUAAUAAUAAAUGAUUGUUAACCAGAUAUUUCUUUGAUUCCUUAGAAGAACUGAGCACUUAGGGCCAGGGGAGCUCAGCCAAAUGAUAUUUUACAGAGAAGUUAUGGUAGAGUAUGAUCCUAUGUAAUGAACUGAGCGGUUGGGAGCUGAGAAAACUAGGGGCAUAUUUGGAUGUGCAGUAAGCUUUGCUUGCCUGGCCUCGCUGCUAGUCAAGGCUAACCUUGCCCAUUGUGGCAAGCCAAUUCGGCUCUCUCGCUCCAGCAAGAAAAACUAGCUUGUACAAGUAUGGAGGCAACACGACAAGGUAACCAAACAUGUUUCUAUAUCCUGUUUCUGGCUGGUCAAGGCGAGGCAAGGCUCACAUAUGGAACCAAAAGUGCUCUCACUUGUCCUAAUUCUUUUCCUACAUAGUUUAUCAUAGAGAACCAUUUCUCCCUGAGAAUCACUUCCUACAUAUAAUCAGGAGUAGAAGCCUUAGCAGCCAUGUUACCGGAAGGGAAUGGGAACAUGGACUGAUACUUUAUAAUGUUUUUAUACUGUGGGAAUGUAAUUGUUCCUGGUAAUGUGAAUGUUCUUGCAACGAUGUUCCCGAAAUGGGGAACGUGGCCAUGUUCCACGUUUCCGGCUGCUAAGGCAGGAGCCCUAGUAAACUGGCCUCAAGUUUUACAUCAUUUGAACCACGAACUUAAGAACUUUCAAGUUUGUUGUCUCCAUUUCUAUUAUUCUAUAUUGUCUUACUGUUAGUUAUCAUGAAACCUUCCAUAACUGAAAAAUAACCAGUUUGACUUUGGUUAAGAUAUUUGGCAGGAAGCCUAGUGUGAGUUAAAGUAUGAUUUGACUGCUUAGCUGAAUGCUACUGGAGUCUGGAUCUCUUAGGCUGUCAUUAGAGCUGUGGUAUAACAUGCACUUGAAUGGCAGCAUUAGCUUCCAACAAAACCACACAAAGCAUUUUUUGUUUCCCCCUUUGAAUUGUGGGAUUGAAGGGCAGCCUCUCCGCAUUUGUAGGGGGAAGGCUUGCCUUGAUUUAUCCCUUACCUAGACCCCACCAUUGUAGGAGCCUCCGACACUAGGUCUGCCUUUUCAUUGUUUCAACUGACUCCAUUGUGUAUCUAUUUGUUAAACUGUUAAUGUUAAUGUGAAUACAAUUACUCUAGUGGAAGAUACCCUACAUUAGACUUAAGAAUGUUAGAAUGAUAUACCUUGACAAAAAGGUCAUAUUACCAAUUUUGUCAUGUCUCUCUGCUGUUACCUGUGCUAUAACAUUGUCGAUGUGUUUCCAGACUGGAAAGUGGGAGUGGAAAUUCGAGAACAAGCCGGUAAACAUAUACUAUGAGGAACAUGAGCAGGAGGUUGCUGAGAAUAUGAAGAACAUUCUCAUGAUCCCUACGAUCUCUGAUGUGAGCACUGUGGAGGAGUGGAGGGUGGUUGCCAAAGAUAUUGUUGGGCGGAAAGGAGAACUUGGCUACCGUGUUACAAUUGUCGAUUGGCCUGGUCUUGGUUAUUCAGAUAGGCCAUCACUGAACUACAAUGCUGAUGUGAUGGAGAGCUUUCUGGUUGAACUAAUGAAUUCACCAAACAGUCCAGUCGCAAAUGCAGAUGAUGAACUGAUCAUUGUUGGAGGUGGUCAUGCAGCAACCAUAGCUGUUCGUGCAGCUGGUAAAGACCUUAUAAAACCAUCUGCUGUUGCUGCUGUUGCACCUACUUGGGCUGGACCCCUUCCCAUCGUAUUUGGCCGCGGUUCUGAUAUGGAAACUAGGUAUGGGCUUCUACGAGGAACCCUCAGGGCUCCAGCCCUGGGCUGGAUGAUGUACAAUGUUCUGGUGAGCAAUGAAAAGUCGAUCCAGUCUCAGUACAAGUCCCACGUCUACGCCAACCCUGACAACGUGACGCCAGCUAUCAUCGAGAGCCGAUACGAGUUAACCAAAAGAAAAGGCGCACGGUUCGUCCCCGCGGCCUUCCUGACAGGCCUCCUUGAUCCUGUCCAAUCGAGGGAGGAGUUUCUGCAGUUGUUCGCCAAGUUAGACGGAGACGUACCAGUUCUGGUAGUGUCAACGGUCAAUGCUCCCAAGAGAUCCAAGGCCGAGAUGGAGGCUCUAAGGGGCUCUAAAGGGGUGACGAAGUUUGUGGAGGUCGCAGGCGCUCUUCUACCGCAGGAAGAAUACCCCUUGGCAGUCGCGGAGGAACUCUACAGCUUCCUGCAGGAAUCAUUCGCAGCAAGAAGGUGAAUGUGCGUGCGUGCGUGCGCACAACUGUGCCAGAAGACAGGUUCUCAAGUCCCACACAUCGUGAGUAAAUUCGUUAGCCUGCUACAGUGUACUGGAGGUUUUUAGCAACAAUAAAGCGGCAUCACUCGUUCACUUCCCUA